GGAAGUUUGAUGACCGGCGACGCUUCGUAACAUGUUGGGCUGAAAACUCUGGACCGUAUUUGUUGUAUAUAUCUCUGCUUCGCUAAGGUUCAUCUAUGUGACAGUUACAUGGCGACGAAGGCUCCGUCCUCUGUCUUUUAACGAAGCAGGCGGAGGUCAGGCUCUUCGUCGACCCUCAGUUCCGCCUCUGUCGGGUUCAAAGUGCGCGGUCACUGUCGGCAACAUCCCGGCGCGUGUCGGUGGUUGCAGGCGCGCCGCUCGGGUCCACGUAACAAGGUUGCUCGAACAUGGCUCAUCCCAACAAAGGCUCUGAAUCCGAGCCUCGGGUCUGCGCUUACACCCGGACAGCCUCCGCGGUGCUGACCCAUUGCGUCUGCAUCGUCUUCAGUGUGUUCAUGGCACUUCUGUCUCGACCGGGCACGAGUUGGUUUUCCUGGCAUCCUUUCUGCAUGACACUGGCUUUCUCCUUCUUCAUGACAGAAGCCAUACUCCUCUUCUCCCCCGACGGCUCCCCCAUCAAAAGGUUUCCACACAAGACCAAAGGUCGUGUUCACUGGAUCCUGCAGUGUCUCUGUGUGUCCUGUGCAGUCCUGGGCCUGGUGGCCAUCGCCUACAACAAACACCUUAAUGGUAAACCCCACUUCACCUCGUGGCACGGUCUUCUGGGCUUGCUCACAGUGUGUGUGGUUGCGCUGCAGUCUUUGGCAGCGGUGCCUCUCAUCUACCAUUCUCUAGCCAAAGGCUGGUCCCUGGCCAAACUCAAACGUUACCACGCGGCGUCUGGACUCGUCACCUACCUGCUCGGCAGUGUCAGCCUGCUCCUCGGCCUCUGUUCUGCCUGGUUCACCGCUUCUGUCGGGGAAUACGCCUGGUACCUCUCAGCACUCUGCCCUGCCCUCAGUGCCCUCCUCAUAAUGAACCAGGUCACCAGUGCUUACAUGGCUAAGAAACGGUUGAAGUCCUGACAGAGGACGCAGUAUAGACACUUGAACAAAACUCACGGAGUAUUUACGCAAGGUUUGCCUGAGAGAUUUCAUGUUUUUUCGGUCACAUGCGGUCACUUUAUUUUGCAUAAAAGAUUUCCGCGGCUACAUGCCUCUCUAAUGGUCUUGUCAUUCCAAGAGGCACCAGUACCAAUUGUGGAUAACGAAAUCCUUUUCUUUCAUUACCUUUUCUACAUAAUAUACACAGGACUGUAUCUACUAUUGAGGACACUGAUGUCAUGUCUUCUGUAAUUUUGGGGGGGGGGUAUUUGGUUGUAGUUUCAUAACUAAUAACUAAUAUGUGUGUAAGUGUCAAAGUUUUCCUUUGACAGUUACACACACAUUUCACAUGUUGAGCUUUUAUGCUUGGUUUCUGAUAUUUUUAGCCAUGCUAUCUUAAGUUUACAACCAAAUACCUCCAAAAUUAUGGACCGUCCCAUCAGCCCACUCUGUGUUUGCUGCUAAUUAGCAAAUGUUAGCAUGCUAACAGUCUAAACUAAAACAUAAUAUCUGCUUAACAUCAGCAUUUUAGCAUGCUAGCAAUAGCAUCGCUGUAUUUACAGCCUCAGAGAGCUGCUAUCAUGGCUAUAGACUCUUAGCAUUGUUUUAGACUUAACGGCUUAAAAUGUGACUGAUUUUAGCCAAAAAAUAAUUCAGUUGAUUAAACAAAAAUGGAGGGUUUUAGUAUUCUCUGCCAAGACUGCAAACUGAACAGUGCGAAGGUUUUGUCACAGCAUUUAGAUCAUCAUAAGAGGGAUAAAAAUUUACAGAAAAUAUAAGUUAAACAAAUAAAUAAUUAAACACGACCCAAAGUUGUUUGUGGGUAGUCAGAAAUUCCCUAUUGGGGUAGGGUUUUUGGAUUCAUGACCUCAGUAUUUCUAAAAUCCUGGCUACAGCCCUGAAUAUAUAUUGAACUCAUGUUGAAUUUUUGUACCUCAGGUUGCUUAAUAUUCUGUUUUUGAUUAUUGAUUUAGCCACGUUUGUAUAAAUCAGAUAAUGUCAUACUGAAGGUGUGUCCUAAUUAAAAGCAUUUGUAAAUGA